AUGACGAUCGCAGAAGAGCUUAGGUCGCGUAAUUUCAGUAUAUACGGCCAAUGGGCCGGUAUCAUCAGCAUGAUCUUGUGUUUCGGUCUCGGCAUUGGCAACAUCUUCCUCUUCCACUGGGUCAUCCUGUUCGCCGUGAUAUGCCUAAUCUGCUCGUUCAUCAUUCUCUUUGUCGAGGUCCCUCUCCUCCUUCGUGUCUGCCCGACGUCGUCCACAUUUGACACAUUCAUCCGCCGAUUCGAGACCAAUUACAUGCGCGCUGCGAUUUACCUUGCGAUGAGUGUCAUCCAGUGGAUCUCACUGGCCGUCAAGACGACCAGUCUUAUUGUCGCUGCAAUAAUCUUGCUAUUCACGGCUGUGUUCUAUGCAUUGGCUGGCGUCAAAGGACAGGACUUUGUCGGAAGCAAGACUUUGGGUGGUCACGGUGUCGCCCAAAUGAUCGUCUAG